GAACGAAGCGACCGGCCGCACUCUGUCGCGUCGGAGCGCAACGAUUGUGAUAAUCCACCGGGUCUGAACCCAAAACAUCACUUCGCGCGAUCCACGACACGCAAAGGAGAGACAACCCCGCAAGAUCACCAGCGGCAUUUACCCAUGCAUCGUCGUUGGAACGGCCGGACAUCGCCCGAUGGCCAACCGUCGCCCACGCCGAAGCCGAGCUCCGCUCAGGUCGACGCCCGUCGAGAACGACUCCACAGGCUAGACGCCACUCGCAAGGCCUUGCUUCUUCGUCAGUGCGUUAGCGGGCGGGCGCGCAACGCGCUCUCGCCGCGCUACGACUUGAGACGGCGAGUGCUUGAGACUAACUUGAAGCGCGAGUGCCAACCCGAGUGCCGACAGUCGCGCGAGUUGGCGCUUCCGACGGCGCUCAAACCUGUGCUCAAACCUGCGCAGCCUACGCCACCAAGAAGCUUAAGGCGGUGGGGCUACUGCCACGCUUCGAACAAGGCCGGCAACGCGACGCAAGCGAGAAAUCACCAACUCGAGCAGCGCCUUCAAGAUCUCCACAAGUCGCCGGCUUCUGGGAGUGCUGAUCCCACGUCGCGGUUUGUCACUCACGCGCGGUGCCCUCAGCCGGCGAGUCCGCUGCUCCACUCGGCAAAAUGCGGUGCCCAAUUGACCGCAACCCCUCGCAAGUUGGGAUCGCCCCGAAACUUCGCCGUCGCCAGCGCGGCAGCUAUCAAAAAAAGACUGCGCCGCAGCUGGUCGUACCGCGAAGCGAUUGCCGGAGACGCGCCGACCGAUGAGCAGCUAGAACAGUCGCCGAAGCGGCUGAGGACAGAGCCCCUCGAGCCAGCCGCUGAAGCUGCUACCUCAAAAGGCCAACAAUCAGCUGCAGCAACAAUAACGCGACCCAUGCUGGCGAAGAGAUCGUGCAGGGUCCAACAUGGAAAACCGUUUGCAAUACCGACACCACCCGUCAUAAUACACGAGGCUCCUCGAGGCACCUUAUUUCCACAACACGCCACUCAAGGCAGUUCAACCUCAUGCACAACCUCAAUAUCACCCGCAAUGGGCCAGUGCUUUACUAAGUUUACCGGAGCCUCAUCUGCACCUUGCACAAGAUCCCCUACAGGUCCUCAUGGAACAUGGAAAAUCUCUUCAAUUUGUCAGAAUGUGCAAGGCGGAAUAGUUACUCCAAUGGUCUCUCCGUACCACCACUGCAUCGAAGCAAUCGUACCUCUUUCGCCAUCAGUGAUGACACAAGGCACACAAACAUCGCCGAAGAGGCUGCGGAGGAGGUCAUCUCUGAAGCGCGCUUUCGAGCGACUUUUCAGCAGCGGCAAGGAGAAUGAGACAAACACAUCACGAGACUCUGUGUUGAAGAACGCCAAGGCAAAGGUCAAAAGGCGACCGUCUCUAGUGGAAUCUCUUCUGCUUAGACGCAAUGGCAACAGUAUGGAAAGCCAAGCCAAACCCUGCAGGCGGUCCACCGAAUGUGUGGGUGUGUUAAAAGAUGUGGUUGGUUCGACUCCAUGUAGGAAGAAAGCCCGAAGAGCUCACAGCCUGCAGUUGAAGGCGCCCGAGUUUGAUUCGUGGGGAUAGCGACCAUGCUUGACAGGCAGUUUCUCGGCAAUCUCAUUAAUUAGUACACUGAAUGCUCACAUUACCAAUGUAUUGCAGCAUUUCGAUCCGUGAUACAAUGCAAAUGUGGAGUAAUAGUUCAGAUAUUACACACUGGCUGCUGGAGUUAUAGGUUCUUGAACUUGUUCUUGGCUGUUACAAUGCAGAGCUCUAAAAUCUUACUAAGUGGCUCACAAGCAAGUCGUGACUGAACAUGAUGUACAGGUGACAAUGCAAUUGUCUGCUAUGUCACCUCGAUGCAUCAGAGUUAUUUUGUUUGCCUUCUAGCAGAAGUAGUUACAAUCAAAAGGAGGUGGGCUGGCACUGAAGCUAUGAUGGUACUCAAUAAUGAUAUUUAAUAUGUACUUGUAAGACAAUAAUCAAGACCUAAUGAUAAACUAUCUUGUCCAAAUAUUUGGUCACAGCUGCAUUUGAAAUAAUGUGCAAUAGUCGUUAUUCUUGUGUCUUUCCUUCGUGAAGUGCAAUUCCAAGUUUUGUUAGCUCUGCCCUGCAGUUCCUAUGCUGAGGUGUACCAGUAUUUUUCACAAGGGUGCAACAAGAAGUUCCUCGCCAUUGCCUGCACAGUCGGCUCACAGUUUACUGUUAUGCCACAAGUGCCUGAAUGCUAGCCUUGCCAUGAUGCAUUUCUUUCGCACAACAAAAGAGGGUUGAUCAAAUUAUUGCAACAUUUUCUCAUUUUACCUCUAAUAAAAGUCUCAUUUUUGUUCUAA